GUACCACGGAACGAAUCAUCAGAAUCCCAAAAGUAUCAGUUUUUAGAAGUUCAUAAAACCCUUUUUUCUCUCUUUUCUUCCCUAAGAAAAAAGAAAAAAAAAAAUUAGCAAAUUUAAGUUAGAAGCCUAAAAUCAACGAAAUUAAUCAUGGGAGUUCGCGGAUUAAUAAUCUUUGCUGCAGUUUUGUGUAGUUUGGUUGCAACUUGCUAUUCAAAAGGGGUGUUUGCCGAUCUUCGUAAUACUCUCACUGUUUCUGCUUCUCCAUCAGGAAGAGUGGAUCUAAGAGCAGGAAUAGACCAAAUAACAGUCUCAUGGAGAUUAAACAGAAACAUAUCAAACACAGAUUCUGCCACAUACAGUAAAGUGGAUGUAAAGUUAUGUUAUCAUCUAGAAAGCCAAAAGGACAGGCCAUGGAGGAGAACUGAAGAAGACUUGUCCAGGGACAAAACUUGCCAAUUUUCGAUGGUUAAGAAAGACUACAAUUCAUCAACUGAUUCAGUUACUUACACUGUUAAAAAAAAUAUUCCUACGGCACAUUAUUUUGUCAGGGUUUACGUUCGUAACGCUGAUAAUAGAGAAAUUGCCUACGGACAAACCAAUGGUUUAGAUUUAAACAUCAAAGGAAUCAGUGGUCGUAGCACCUCCAUCGACGUCGCCGCCUCUGUGUUUUCCGGUUUCUCCGUGCUCUCUCUCGCAUUUUUCUUCUUCUUGGAGAAGAGAAAGGCCAAGAAGUUGACAAGUUGAUCAAUUUUCCUUCAAAGGAAAAACAAAGAGGUUAUCUUGUUGUUUUAAAAACUUAUUUUACGUAAAAGAAUGACUCUACUGGACCAGCAACGUAGAUUGACAGGUCGAAGUUUUUAUCUUUUUUAUAUAUGCUUGGUGAAUUGUUGUGAAAGGCUUCUAGCUUCAACUACAGGAUCAUCUUUUUAUUACUCCGUAUAAAUAUGUAUAAUCUUUUCUUGUUUCGUAUUAAUGUCAAAUGUUAGAGGUUUUGUGAAA